AUGAAGAAAGGCAAUAACUUAAUAAGUGGACCAAGAAAGCCACCAGUUUUGGAAGGGGUCUCAUUGGCCCCUACUUCUUCGGCCCGCAAUCUGGGGGUCCACCUGGACUCUUCUCUUUCUAUGGAGAUUCAGGUGGCCCAUAUUAUCCACAUAGCUUUCUUUCAUCAUCGCCAGGCCCGGUGGCUGGCCCCCUACCUCUCACAGGUCGACCUGGCCAUGAUAUACGCAGGUAUUAUGAAGUGUUCAGAGGUGGAACCCCUUCAAAUCCCACAAAAUUGGUACCAGCCAGGGGACAUCCUCAUCGGUGGGGUUAAUAUGUACUCAUCUACACCCAUCAACACAGUUAUGGGAAAUGACAACACACUAGAAUCUCUGCAUGUGAAGCCUUGGCAGCUCCACUCGUUUCUGCAAAGGAUAGCAUUUAACAACAGUGCCAGAGAUGAAAUUAUGCUCAAUGAUCAUGGAGAACUAGCAGGUGGAUUUGAUAUUACGAACUUGGUCACUUUUCCCAACAACUCCUAUGUCCGGAUCAAGAUUGGGAUGUUGGAUCCUCACUCUCCUCCAGGCAAGGAGCUCACCAUUCAUCAAGACAAAAUUGAGUGGCACAAAAGCUUGACUCGGGUGCCUCCACUGUCAGUCUGUAAUGACCCCUGCAAGCCAGGAUACAGCAGGAAAAAGAAGGAGGGGAAGGCGUUUUGCUGCUAUGACUGUGCUUCCUGUCCAGAUGGCAAGAUAUCAAGCCAAGAGGACAUGGAAGACUGUGUUGCUUGCCCAGAAGAUCACUAUCCAAACAGGAAUCGAAGCCAAUGCAUCUCCAAGACCCCACAUUUCCUCUCUUUUGAAGAACCUUUAGGAAUUGCUUUCAUCUUCUUGGGACUUUCUUUUUCAGUGCUGACAGGUCUGGUGCUUGGAAUCUUCAUUAAGCACCGGGACACUCCCAUCGUCAAAGCCAACAACAGAAGCCUCUCCUACAUUCUCCUGGUGUCUCUCCUUCUGUGCUUUCUCUGCCCACUGCUCUUCAUCGGACAGCCUCACCAGGUGACCUGCCUCCUCCGACAAACAGCUUUUGGCAUCAUCUUCUCAGUGGCUGUAUCUUCUGUGCUGUCCAAAACGGUGACUGUGGUGAUGGCUUUCAUGGCCUCGAAACCAGGAAACAUGUUCCAAAAGUGGGUGGGGAAAAGAUUGGCACAUUCUGUGGUCUUGUCCGGCUCCCUUGUUCAAGUGGGCAUUUGUGCUAUUUGGAUGUGGACCUCCCCUCCUUUCCCAGAUCUGGACAUGCACUCAUUAACUGAAGAAAUCAUACUGGAAUGCAACGAGGGAUCCUUGACCAUGUUUUGCUGUGUCUUGGGCUACAUGGGCUUCCUUGCCACCAUCAGCUUCAUCGUAGCUUUCCUAGCCAGGAAAUUACCAGACAGUUUUAAUGAAGCCAAGUUCAUCACCUUCAGCAUGUUGAUCUUCUGCAGCGUUUGGCUCUCAUUUGUUCCAGCUUAUCUGAGCACGAGAGGGAGAGACACAAUGGCUAUGGAGAUCUUCACACUCUUGGCUUCCAGUGCUGGGUUAUUGGGCUGCAUCUUUCUGCCCAAAUGCUAUAUCAUCCUACUGAGGCCUGAGUUGAACAACAGAGGGCAGUUGGUAAAAUGCAAGUAA